AUGGAUCAGCACGGAUUUCGGAAUGAAUUUUCGAAAUUGAACCUAGUUUUUGAGCACAUAAAGCUGACUGGACCGGGCAUCGACGUAGCAGGGGACCAUGGGAAGGGAGUCGUCUCGGAGGCGUUCCAAUACCUCAGGACGCUCUGGCAUCCAAAUGUGUGCUGCUAUACGGACAUGUUGAGAACGGCCAAGGGUACCUAUGUGCUAGUGUCUGAAGGUUACUCUCUAACUUUGGACGACGUUAUAAAGAACUACGCACAAAGAGGGAGUGGAUACAUCAGUGAAGGUGUGACUACGAGCCUUAAAUUCGAUGCUAUAGCUCAUCAAAUUAUUUGCGGGUUACAGUACCUCCAUGCGCAUGGCGUCGAGCACGGGGCGCUUGGACCGCAUAACAUAUACAUUCACAGUGACGGCACUGCAAAGAUCGGAUGUUACGCAGCGCACUACCUCCAUAGGGUUGCCUCUACGGCCCACGUGAAGGCAAACCGUAUUGGCAGCAACCCUAAUCAUCGAGGCGCUCCCGUGGUUGAUCGAACCCUCCGUGACACUGCUGGCCCCGAUGGACUCAAUUCCUACGGGUCUAUAAAAUGCCACAGCUCCCCAGAAUUGUUGUCAGGCAAGUGCCGCCAGACUGCCUGGAUAGACGCGGUUAAGAACGAUAUUUGGGCCUUGGGCAUGACCUGCCUGCAGAUUAUAGGAGCCAUUAUAGCCCAAGAAAGCGAACAUUCAUCGCAAAAGGAAUCGCAUACUGUCACUAAGAACAUUAGAUCAGUCAGAACUUACGAAGAAAUGGCCAAAUUGUCUCAAUGUACGAACGACCCAUCGUUGCAGAAGGAUGCAUUCAAGGCAUCAGGUUCACUCAUCCGUUUGGCAAAAGAACGUAUGGGCGGUGUAGCUGAUCUAUCAGCCGUUGGCAUUGACGUAGUUGGGAUAUGUGCGGAAGCUUCUACCUCAAAUGACGACGAUCAGCCCCAACAAUGGAGCGAGGACGCACUCGCCCGACUGCUACCAAAAGUACUUAAUGACCCCGCUCCCACACCGGUUGUAGUCCAUUUUGACUUAACGGAUGAACCCAAAGGCGCUGUGAAUCGGCAACCACCGACCGCACCGAAUACAACGGAAGCUGAGUCGCAGGGUAACCAGGAUUCCUCUGAGUCCGACAAUACUUCAUCGCAGUCCAAAGCCAUAUACGGUGUUGUCCGAGAAAUACUGAAUUGGUACACAGGUAAAUCAGUCGUCGAAGAUCUGCUGGGUUUUGUUGGAAUUGAUCUCAAAAAAGGGCGGACCGAUCCAUCUAGGGAAAACAACGCCACAGUUCAACAGGUCUAUUCCAUUUUCCAUAUCGCAACUCAGUGCCUCAUCAUCGACCCAGUAAAGAGACCAACUGUGAUGGACAUUCUCAUACUCCAGCAAUCGAAGGCACGAGGUGGAAGGAUAUACAGGGACGGUCAGGAAGACACCUUCGAUUGGAGUGUGAUAUCCGCCAAGCGCGCUGGCGCCAAGUACAGCUUGGGGCUGCGCAUACCAAUUAACGAAUUCCUCAAUCGCAGUUACCGGAAAAGGCACCUAAACAUCAGGGAGUUGGACAAACUUGAGCUGCACAUUGACGACCUGUUCUACUUGUGGCGACUGAUGGGAAACGAUCCACUCGAUUUGAUAGAGGACGCAGAAUAUGUCACUGCAGAAAAGGAUGAUACCUACUCGAGACAAAACGUGCCGCUGCAUGAACUUUUGAAAACGUGCACCAAAGCAGACCUGUUCCCCAUCAUCAUAGAACACCAAAUCAGACCAACGUGCGCCUACGCAAGGCAAUUCUCAUUCCUUUACCAAUGGAUACGACUCAGAAGGUUUGAUAAGCUGCUCCAUAACGGACUGGAAAGUAAAUACCAGAUAGCAACAGAGGCACAACUUGAUGUUCCUCCGAUGCGCCGAAAGCACAUUUGGUGCGUGAUUUUAGGGCUUGACGCUCCCUUCGGAUUGCCGAUGUCUAGUGUAGAAUUGGACGAACCCAUGGAGGAGACUGUGGCUGUAGAAAUUAAAAAGGCGUUGAAGCGAUUUGACAAUGACCUCUUGUACUCUCGGCGAUGCGUAGAACUCAUGGCGAAGGUUGGAUGCGCAAUCCAGCAGGAUCACGGCCUCGAAUCGCUACCUAGUUCGCUAUACGUCACAUUCGGCCCUUUGGUAGUCCAGUACUACGAGUUCAGCGAACUGUUCAUGGAUGCUGCCAUGAAUCUUUUCGACAAAUACCUGAAAAGCUACUAUGUGCCAUCGGGAUCCUUUGUGCAGAACGACCUGGAGGAAUUCAAUACCAUGCUAAACUUUUUCGACCCCGAGGUGGCGGCGCACCUGCAGCGUGUCGGAGCCUUUGCCGACUCCUUCGCUCUGCUGUGGUUCAUGAGCCUCUUCGCGGAAACCGCAUCUUUGCAACAGAUAAAUAUGCUGUGGGAUACGAUGCUCAACUUCCCGCGCAACUACGUCAAGUACCUCGCCGUGGGAGUAUUGCACAGCGCCAGAGACGGGAUUCUGCAAACCACCACCGCGCCGAACGCCAUAUCGUACAUCUCAAGCCUCAUAGAUGCGAUCAACGCCCCGAUGCUCAACUCCAUGUGCAUCAUAAUCUACACCAUCUGGGACCACAUCCUGUUCCCCAAGGAAUCGGCGCGGGCAAAGGGCAUAGCAAGGUUUGACAGCAUCCCAGAAAAGACCAACUCGUUGGAUGUCGGAUUCGUUGCGACUGAAGCUGGAGUUGAUGGAACUGUAAACGUGGAACGGACCAUGUUCUCCUUCAGCGCUGAUGUUUAUCCGCGUCAAAGAUGCUUCAAACUGGCGCUGAAGCAGUUUGCGGAAGUUUUCGACGGCUGCCUCGUUGUUGAUUUACGCUCCGCGGACGCUUACAAGCUUGGACACAUACCCAAGUAG